AUGGCGGCUGCUCUGAGAACACUCUAUGCCGGGCUCUUGGCUCUGUCCAGUGUGGCCUCGGUGUGUGGGAACCUUGUCCUCCUCCUGGUGCUCCUCCUCAACAAGGAGCUCCACUCUGACACGCUGGGCUUUACCCUGAGCUUCAGCCUCAGCGACCUGGCACUCGGACUCUCCACCAUCCCCUUUGGGGUCCACAACGCCUUGUCCUGGCCUGCGGCUUACUCCAGCCAGGUGGCCCUCUGUCAGGGCAGCGGUUUCAUCUUCCUCCUCCUGCAGACCUCUUCCAUCCAGUCACUAACUUGGGCAACGGUGGACAAGUUCACCGAGAUCUGCUUUGCUCUCAGUUACUGCCGCAUCUGGACGAAAAGGAGGAGCCAGUUGGCGCUGGUCCUGGUCUGGCUCUACAGCUUUGCGAACGCCUCCCUGCCACUGGUGGGCUUCGGCAGUUAUGUCUACAGUGAGUCACGGUUCCUCUGCUGCCCAGACAGCAGCUACUUUGUGGUGGGGUGGGUGAUGGUGAGCAUCGUGGCCCCCAUUCUCGUCGUGUGCUCUCUGUACGGAUACAUCGUUAAUGUUGCCAGGAAGCAGGCCAGAAGAGGAACAUUCAUGUGCAACGAGCAACACUGCUUCUAUGUUCCUGCCAACAAUUACCUGAGGAGCUCCGUGGUCAUGGUCACCACCUCAGUGUGUUUGCUGGUGUGCUGGCUGCCAUACAUAUCAGUGUGUCUAUAUGAGACAUUCAGCGGAGAGCGGAGUCCAGCUGUGACCUCGGCCCUCUCUACCUGGCUGGUUCUGACCAGCGCCGCCCUAAACCCCUGGAUUACCUGCAUGACGCAGACGAGUAACUUUGCCCGCCUGCCCCUCUGUGAGUCCAGCAGGUACAGAGCAGCGGUGCGUCGAGGUUUUGACCGGUUCAUUCAGAAGUGGUCAGGGACUUCACCGGAGCCACAUCGCCAGAGUUCUGUCUUCGAGCUGAGCACGGCCAAUCGACUCAGCACAACCACAACUAAAAUGGACGCGAGUCCCCCAUCGUCACCGAAAUCCCCAAUACCUGUGUGA